AUGGAAGAACAACCUCCUUCUCUAAAGCGCGCAAGGCUCGAUGAUCUCGACGACUCUCGGGCAGACAUAGCUCUCAACAAUGUUACCGGCCCAUCCUCGCAGCCUCAGCAGCCCUUUGUUCGGGACGAGACGUAUUGGUUCCAAGACGGGAACAUCGUGCUGUUGGUACGCAGUGUGGGCUUCAAGGUCUACAAAGGUCUGCUCGCCGAGCAUUCCGCCGUAUUCCGCGGCAUGUUUGUCGUGGCGCAAGGGGAACAGGCCGCGGCAGAGCAGCUCGACGGAUGCCCAGUCGUCCCUCUCGACGACUCUCCGGACGACAUACGCCAGCUGUUUCGACUCAUCUACCCCAUGAACUCGAACAUCCAGCUCGAUCGGAGCAGCAUCGACAUUGACGUGCUGUCUGCGGUCAUCCGCCUCGACCACAAGUACGAGCUCCCGACACUUCAAGCGCAAGCAAUGAAACACCUGACCACAUACUACACGUCGCGCUUCGAGGACUGGGUGGACGACGCGCACGCGUCGGUCUGGAAGCCCGCGCCCAUUGAUGCGAUAGGCGCCAUCGCGCUAGCGCGCCUCACGAACACCCCCUCCAUCCUCCCUACCGCCCUCUACGAGCUCUGCAGCGUCAAGAUGUCAGAUCUUCUUCGCGGACGCCCGUUAAACGACGGCAGUUUUCAGAAGCUCUCCGAAGAGGACCUCGAGCUGUACAUGCGGACGCGCGACAAGCUCCAGUACUACAACGUGCGCGUCGCCUUCCUCUUCUUUUCCCCGUCGAAGAAGUGCAUCUACGGCCGUGAUCGGCCAGAAUCGGAGUGCGCUGCGUAUCUGAAACGUGUUCUAGAACACUCGGCGCUCCAGGACCUUCCACACAAGGUCUCGUCGGUCUGUGCGCUCGAUGGCUGGCUCAAGAACAUUGCAGCGUACGCUGCAACGGCGAAGAAUGUGGAUCGCUACGGCAUGCACGUGGAGCUGUGUCCGGAAUGCAAGAGCUAUCUCAAUGCGCGCGAUCUGGAUCUGAGGCAACAAGUGUGGCGCAAGCUGCCCGGAGCCGUCGGUCUAGAGAUUGAGGGCUUGCAAACUAUGUCAUAA